AUGGAAGACAUAGGUCGCUGUUUGGGAUGGACUUUGCGGUUAAUCGCGAGACGGGGAUCUUUGCGCCCUGUUGAGCACCAAGUCGCGCAACACGAGGAGGAGAUGCGGCUCCAACCCGACAAGGCGUCCAGCAGCAUCCUGCAGUGGGUGAGCGUGUACAACCGGUACAUCUCCUUCUUCGUGCGUAACUUUGGCGAACCGGCAAACGUCCUCGGCAAACAGCACAUGACACAAGUCAUCGCGACACUGCGGUCUAUCCUGUGCAAGCUGUUCCCGGAUCACGGCGGCGACACCGUCAGGUACCUGAACGACAUGACCCGCAAGAGGUUCCCGCUGGUCAGUCGUGAAGCUAUCCCGGGCGCCGAUCCGGAAACAGCUCGGCCGACCAAUACGUCUACCUUGCGUACGGCGUUGGCUGCCCUGCGCGCGCAGGAGUUGCUGUUGACGCAUUUGUCGGCAUCGGCGGCGUCGCCGCACAAUCAGGAAUGGACGGCGAUGAACCCGUAUUGGCAGUGGGUGUUCUGUCAUUAUGGCGGGAAGCUGUUGAUUGAGUUGGGAUCGCUUGCAUAUUUCAACCGCAAGUUGAUUCCGCUGGGAAUGAUAUCGGCGUUGAAGAGUGCGAGGCUGAAGUGGAAGUAA